AUGUGCAUCAUACAAGCUCGUGCGAACAAACAAACAAAUUUAGCAGGAGUAGCUAUAUCCUCCUCUGAUACUCCAGGUGGUCAUAAGCGGAAAAGAGAAGAAAAGAAAAAGGCGGAAAAGUCCCAAGCCGAGCCGGUGAAGGUGGCGAAACGUGACCCAUUUGCUGACUCUGGUGAGAAUGUACUGUUAGUUCAACAACUGCGUGACCAAAUUUCCAAGCUGAAUUCAAUCGUUGCUCAGAAGGACGCGGCUAUGAUGGAGAAGGAUAAGAAGAUAGCAACACUUAAAGCGGAUUUGAUGAGUGCAGAAAGGAAACAUCGAGAAAAAGUUGAACAACUAAUGAAAGAGCACGACGAAGCAAUAAAAAAAUUAAUAGAACGACAUCGUCAAGCAUCUCUCGCGGCAAAAGCUGCGAAGAAAUAA